GCUGUUCGCAUACACAUACACACACAUAGCAGCGCUCUAAUGGACGCCGCGGAUAGGCAGGAAUGGGGACUCGCACCCGAGGGCAAACGGCGAGGAAUACGUGUCAUAUAUAACCGUUAAAUAAAAUGUCCUCGCGCUACGUUUAGUCCGCCGUGCCGUUUAACGCGUGAUUCUGAAAGUCGCGUGAGUAUUCUCGUAGAUUUAAAGCGGAAUCGUCGAAAUCUCCGUCAGUUAGCGGGGAGGCUAAAGCACUGGGCCUCUCUGUCGGGUUUGUGUGUGUGACUGUCAGUUUCACACAAGCCUCCGCUGACGUUCACUCGCUUCCCCAAUACUUUUCUACUUCUGUCGUCGAAAACCGUACCUUGGAAAGGGGGUAAAGUCAGCGAGGGAUAGUUUUCCGUUUUGUAUAGAGUUGUAGGAUUGCUGAUUCUCCAAUGGAACCGUAGGAUUCAGCAUAUUCAGCCUUAGUGGCACUUUGUUGUGGGUGAAGUCGCCAUGAAGAGUGAGAUUUCGGCUGAUGCACGACAAAAGCAAGAGCCCCUGAAGGGGCCUCUGGCUAACCCCGAACCCAUGGAGACGGCUAAGAGCUUCCCUGCUGAGAUGGAGGUGAUCGGCAAGGCAGGAAGUGACUUCACUUCUCCAUUGUGUGCUGAGACCAGGCAUCGGCCCUCUCGAGAUGCUGGAGGUCGUAGAGACUGUGAAAGGGGCUUGUCGGGGCGCAAAAAGCGCAAGAGCCAGCAGCCUGGACCCUCGUAUUGUUCUUUGAAGGAAGCGCCAAUGAGUGAGGCCACCCUUACUCCACCCCGACACAGGCCCAUGCUUUUAGAGACACGUAGCGAGGAUGAGAGGAACCCUGAGUCCUCGUUGAGUGACUGUGCGUCUUCGCCCUCCUCCAGCCUUCGAUUUGGUGACUCGGACACUCUUAGUUCAGAUGAGGAUGGCAUGCCAAUGACCGUUAGACAGCAACUCAAAGCUCACGGUGCGGCCUCCACUGGCAGCACAGGGAGCAGCACAGGUACGGCAGUAGGCAUUCGGCCGCUGCUCGCUCGGACUCGUGCCAGCAGGUCGCACAAGUGGGCGCGACUUGAGCCUGAUAGCAAUCAUGUGAAACGUCCAUGUCUCGGCUCGCGCAGGCCAUUGCACAGGAAGCGUUUUGUGAAGGGUGGGGCAGGGGGCGUGACCCAGCGGACUCCAAAACAGAAGGAGCGAUUGCUGCUGCAAAGGAAGAAGCGAGAGGUGAUUGCACGAAAGAAAUACGCCCUCUUGCAUAGUACUAGCAGCUCCAGUGAGGAGAUGACCUCUGAUGACUCCUCUCCUUCUUCCACUGAGGCAGAGCAUGAACUGUAUGUGGAUGUUAACAGCAGUAGCAGCCAAGCCAGUACUGCGGCUGUGGCAUCAGGUGUCUUGGAUGAGGACGUGGUUGUGAUUGAAGCAACUCCUGCUCCUGCAGUGCCUGCCAGUGAGGAGAUCAAUGUCACCUCCACAGACAGUGAAGUGGAGAUCGUAACCGUUGGAGAUGCCUUCAGGCCGCGCUCAGUGGGAGGUCAUGGGAGGAUGCACUGGGGACCCAGCUGUUCCCAGAGCCGAGCUCAGGAGGGACGUGGCCGUCAUCGACUAUCCACCGUCAUCCAGCCACUCAGACAGAGCGCUGGAGAGGUGGUGGACCUCACAGUGGACGAGGACGAUCUUUCAGUCGUGCCAACCACUUCUGACAGCACACACCCACAGCCAGUCAGUUCUUCCUCCUCUUCCUCCUCCCGUAAUGCCUGUACCUCAGCAUCGCCACAGGAGGGUCCUGGUCCCUCCAGUAGCUGCUCAGCAGCCGCCCCUGAUAGCACAUUGGCUGCUCAGAGCCACGGUGGAGUGCCAAGAUCCGGCACCACCAAUACCACUGCCACCGAAGAUGAGAGCAGAAGAAGCUUGUUGGGUGAAAAUGGAGGUGUUGCGAUGCCUAGGUUACCCUCUUGUUGCCCUCAGCACUCUCCGUGCAGUGGGCCGUCUUCAGGGCACCUCUCUAUGGGGCAUACCCACUCAGGGUGCAUGCAGAGUGGGGCGACGCAGCAGUCCGGCCCCCCACAACCUGGCUCCCAGCACUCCCACACCCACUCGCACCACUUCCACCAUCACCACCACACCGCACCAGUCCCUUCUUCCCUAGCCUACCAAGAGUCCAGCUGCCCUCUGGAGAGGCCCACUGCCAUGCCUGCUCCCUGUGGAGGGGUGAGCAACCAGUACCAUGACCAGCAGACUCUGCCGGUGGAUCUCAGUAGCAGUGCAGUGCGUAGCAGUGGAUCCAGCAGCACAGGGUUUCACGGCACAUCUGCCUUUGACCCCUGCUGUCCAGGCUCUGCCUCCCGGCCUCCCGUUUACGUUUCCCAGGCUGCACCUGGACCUAGCCAGCAAACUGUGGCCGACUCAUUCAGUCCAACCAUAGUGGCCCAGCCUCAGCCCCAACCUCCUCAGCUCUCUUCCUGCAGGCACUACAUGCAUCCCACAUAUGGCUCUUUGUCCCGCCCGUUGCACCACCAGUCCUCCUCAUCCUGUCCUCACUCUCACAGUAACGCUCCUCCACCUCAGCAGCCUCCUCCACAGGGCGACUAUGUGAUCCCGCACCCCGUCCUCCCGUUCCACACCCCACUGCCCACUCAUGCCCCGGGCCACACAGUGCCCACUGCUCCUCCACCGUCCCUGCCCUCCCAUCAUCUGCCAGGCUCCAGUGCCCCUCUGCCUCAGCAUCUUCCCCCUGAGCACCAGGCACUGCAGCACCACCUGCCCGUUCUGGGCCCAAACUCUGUACAGAGGCUCCACCACCACGACCUGCUGCAGCGGAUGGAGGUGCAGAGACGCAGAAUGAUGCAGCACCCAACGCGAGCACACGAGAGACCCCCACCACACCCCCAUAGAAUGCACCCUAAUUACGGUCACGGACAUCACAUUCACGUCCCACAAACCAUGUCAUCCCUCCCUCGACAGUCUGACCAGAGGACAACAUGGGAGCUGGGCAUCGAGGCUGGCGUUACUGUUGCUCCCUACCCUUCAGGACACCUGCACCCGCAUCUGCCUCAUUAUCACCCUCCACCCAGACUGCACCAUUUCCCUAUCCAGCUGAUGCACACUGGCUCAAUGCCUGAGGUGACAUAUCCACAUAUCCGCUAUAUCUCCUCCAGAAUGACCUUUGGUCGCACAUAUGAGGAUCUGCUGCAUUUAGAAGAGCGACUGGGGACUGUGAACCGAGGGGCCUCUCAGGGAACCAUAGAGAGGUGCACCUACCCACACAAAUACAAGAAGAAGGUGGUGGAGAGAGACACUGAGGAACAGUUAGCACCUGAAGCAUGGGCAUCUGUUGGGAAAAAAAUGCACUCAACCUCAAACUCGAGAAAGCUGCAUGGUAAGCAGGAGGAAGAGGAGGGGGCAGAGGAAGACACGGAGGAGAAAUGCACCAUCUGUUUGUCUAUACUGGAAGAAGGGGAGGAUGUCAGGCGCCUUCCAUGUAUGCACCUCUUCCAUCAACUGUGUGUAGACCAAUGGCUCCUCACUAAUAAAAAAUGCCCCAUCUGCAGAGUGGACAUCGAGGCUCAGUUAUCUUCAGAGAGUUGAUGCUAUUUUUCUUGCUACCUUUUUGUUGGACAUUAUUUUGUUCUUUUCCUUUUCGUCAGUAACGCAUUCAACCAAAGAUGGCAUGAAAUACCUGCGCAACUAUGGGAAAAAAGAAACAAAACAACAAUCCACACACACACAGACACACACAAAAGCAUCAAGCCUAGCGUGCCAGCUAUCAUGUAGUACCAGUACAGCUAGAAAUAACAUCUUCAUUAAGGGUUUUGAAUUGUAAUGUAUUUAUAAAGGGUUUAUGUAGCUUUUGUUUUCAUAAGUGUCAUUGUAUUUUAUUUUUUUGCAUGGUUCCUUGCAAUGCAUUUCUUUGCACAUUUAAUGAACUAGGCCUCAUACGGCCUGAGAACUUGCAGGCGAGGAUUGCUGCUCUGGUAAAGAAGCAUUUUUACAUACCUGAUGCCUUGCUUUACUGGAAUAGAAUGUCAACCUCCAUUUUAAAACAUUGCAGGACUCAGUUUAUUGAUCAGUAUAUUGAUUAGUUUUAUGUUUUAGACAAUUGUGAUCUGAUUUUUUUUUUUAAAGUGAAUCAAGACAUUCCUUAAUUAGGAAACAAGAUCAUGGUUAAGAAGAUCAGCUGCUGUAACAGUGUUCACCCUCACGCCAAUUCACUCACCACACGGGAACCUGGGCUGGAGUCCAUUGCAUUUCACUUUGGCUCGUUUACCAGCGCUAACUCGAUUGAGGGAGUUAGCGUGAAAGCAUUCAGAGAUGCGCCUUGUACAUUUACUCUUAAAUUUAUAUGCAUUAGAUCCUGAACCAACGGAACAGAAAUGAAUUCAACUCCAGCCCUGAUGAGAACCAACUGCACACUUCACCUCUUGAACGUUCGCACGGUUGCGUUCCAUCAGUCCCCUCUCAGCACCUCAAUCUGCCGUCACAUGUAACGCACUUCACCUGAUGUAUUUUCAAAGAGAAAGAAAAAAAUGAAUGUCACCUACCUGUAUUCUGAUUGAUUGUUGUUUUUAUUCUAUGAUGAAGUCGGAUUCUCGAUCGAGUGUAAUUUCUCAGAUGAGCUCGAUUUGUUGACUUGGUUCGGUGAGAAUGACAGGCCUAUAGAAACAGCCACCGCAAAACAUGGAGUGCUGGGAUUAUUUAUUUUUUCAUCAGGGUCUCCUAGCCUACUUCAUUUAACUCUCUUUCUCUCUCAGCAACCUAAAAAGUGACUCUUGUUAGCUGAUUAUUUCCUCUCGGAUAUUGCCAUUAACAUGCAUUUGUUUUUUGCGACUGUGCAGCAAACUGUUUUCCCCUUUUCUUUGCUUAAUUUUUGUUUCUUCUUCUUUUGCUGCUGUGAAAUCCUAACACUAAUAUUAAUCUCAACUAGCUAACUUGCAUAUACUUGCACAUGAGAGACAAAAGACAGGAGUGCUGUGAGAAUGAGAGUGUGCUGAGGCCGUGUAUUUCCACUCUGAUUGCUGAGUUUUGAGGAAAAACUGUAAUAAUUUUGAAUGGAGUGUUGGAAUGCAGUACUUAAUGGCAGGCGUCCAUGCAUUCAUAGAUUUAAUGGCCCCAGGAUGAUAUUCCAUGGGAUUUAUAUUAGUUUUAAAAUAAUGAAAUUAAUAAAGUUAGGUAACUCUUU